UUCGCUUACCGGUUCUCUCUCCUUCGUCCCCCCCUCCAUUGCUCCCUCUAGUAGGGCUUUGUGCCCGCCCGCCAUGUUACCCCAUACACUAUGGUCCUUUCUAUUCCUCUCGGUCUUCUCCUCUUUCGUCAGCGCGCAAGGUCCCGUGCAGACACUCUUCCCCGCCAGCAUUCCACUGGCCGUCAAACAUCCGUACAUGAGUGUAUGGUAUGCAAGCUCUAAUACUUCUCUCCCUCUAUCAAAUUCAUGGCCAGUAUUCUGGGGACAAGCAUCGAUCAUCGGUUGGGCUGGCAAGAUUAGGGUGGACGGAACGACAUACAAGUGGCUAGGGAAUGAUCCCAAUGGUGGUGCCCCCGCGAAUGUUACGAACGUCCAAUUUACGCCUACAAGGACCAUCUUCGUCAUGCAAGCGGGCCCAAUGAACCUCACUGUCACUUUCCUUACUCCGAUCGAACCUGACGAUUGGGUUAAGCAAUCAAUACCGUUCUCCUACAUAUCCGUCGAAGCGCAAUCCUUGGACGAAAACAGCCAUGCCGUACAACUGUACUCCGAUAUCAGUGCAGAAUGGCUAUCUGGCAACAGGUCUAGUCCUGUACAGUGGAGUAAUAACAAUACUGGCAACACGUUAUUCCACGAGAUAGAGCUGCAGCAACCCCAACAGGACGUGGAGAUCAAUCACCAGGCGCAGGAUGGUAAGGCAUACUAUGCCAUGCCUGUCAAAACUGGCGUAUCAUGGCAAAUUGACACCGAUCAGAAUACACGUUCUACAUUCGUGUCGAACGGCAACCUUCACAACACCGCAAGUACGGCAUUCGCGCCCAUUUCACCAGUGUUCACCGUCUUUGCUAUAGCUAUCGACCUCGGAACGAUUACGUUGACCUCGGACCCCGUGACCUGGUCGGUCGGAUACGUUCGAGACCCAGUCAUCUCCUACACCACCGCCACGGGUGCGACCCAGCAGCGGCGGCCGCUGUGGGCGACGCAAUACUCCAGCGUCGCCGAUGUGAUUGACGCGUUCACGGCCGACUUCCCCGCCGCGCACGACCGUGCCGUCGCGCUCGACGCGCAGAUUCUGGGCAGCGCGUCACAGAUCUCGUCGGAGUACGCGGAUCUCGUCGCCCUCGCCACGCGGCAGGCGGUGAGCGCGCUCGACUUUACCGUCGGCGCGGACUCGAAGGGGAACGUCGACCCCGGAGACGUGAAACUGUUCAUGAAGAAUAUCGGCACGGACCAACGGGUGAGCCCGGUGGAGCACAUCUUCGCCGCGUUCCCGACGUACCUGUACCUCAACGCGUCAUGGGGAGGCGUGCUGCUGGAGCCGUUGCUGGAGCUCCAGGACAGUCAGGUCGGCCAGCAGUUCGCGGCUCAGGACCUGGGAGACUCGUAUCCCGUCGCUUCCGGCGCUCGUGGUGCGGCUGCACAGGGCAUCGAACAAUCUGGCAACAUGCUCAUCACGUUGCUCGCGCAAGCCAGGUUGUCCGGUAACGGGACCCUGCUCAUUCAACACUACAACACCACGAAGCGAUGGGCGGACUACCUGAACAACAACGCGUUGACGCCAAACGGGCAACGCAACGCAGAUGGUGAGACCAGUGCGAACAUGACGAACCUCGCUAUCAAGGGCAUCAUUGGCGUGAAGGCGAUGGCCGAGAUCGCGCGGGUGGUGGGUGAAGAAGUCGACGCCGCUCAGUACGACGGUCAAGCUGCGGCUUUGCUCGGCGAGUGGCAGUCGCUUGCGACGGGAACCAGCUCGCACUUGCUCGGUCGGUAUGGCGACCAGGGCACUUGGUCACUGAUGUACAAUAUGUUCGCCGACAAGAUGCUUGGCCUGAACUUCAUCCCUCAGACGGUUAUCAGCGAACAGACGCAGUUCUACAGCAGUCUGUUGACGACGGCUUCUCAGCUGGGUCUGCCUAUCGAUAGCGACUCUGGACAGACUAGCAACGCCGCGUGGCUAUUGUUCACGUCUGCGUUCGUGUCAGACAGCACCGUGCGGGACAACUUGAUCAAGGGCGUGCACAACCAUGCGAACUUCAACCAGUCCUCCGGCGUUUUUCCCGAGAUCUACAACGAUGCGACAGGCGCCGGUUUGAAUGGCUUCGCUGGUCCUGCACUCGGUGCCCUGUUUUCACAUCUCGCACUCACUGUUCCCAAUACAACUAUCUCCACCGCCACCUCAACGACAGGUACCGGCGACGGUAACGGUAACGGCGGAGACCACAAAGGCGGCAGCAGCAACGGAGGUGCGAUCGCUGGUGGCGUGAUCGGCGGUCUGGCAAUCGUCGGAAUCGCGAUCGGCAUUUUCUUCCUCAUUCGCCGCAGGAGACGCAACCAGGGCUUUGACGAGAGAGAGAAGAUUGAGAUAGUCGAACAGGCGCCGCAUGUCCCCACACUCGCGCCCUACUCCUACUACGAGCACCCCGCACCCGGCUCGCCUCGGGCAGGGGCCGGCUACGUGCCCGUGAGUCCGCAUUCGGAGACAACUGCAGGUUUCGCGGGCCUGGGUAGCGGCGGCGACGGCCAGCACGGCGCGGGGCAUCACUUGUCGGAAGGCAACCUCGCGUACGCGACGGACUCGUUCGAGUCCAUGCAGCCGUCCGCGGUGCAUGUCUCGAAAGCGCGAGAGGCGGCGCAGACCCGGGUACACGCCUACGCGCCGUCAAUAGCGACGUCGUCCGCGGUGGGCUCUGCGUUGGGCUCCCAGACGGGCUCUGCGUCGAGUCGAGACCCGCUGUCGCCUGGCUCUGGCUCGGCUACUGGCUCGGGUUCGGUCGCGACUUCGCUCUCGCCGACAGACGUGCUGGGUUUGCGGGCGGAGGUGGAGAACUUGCGGAGAGUGAUGCAGGAGAUCAGGGCGGAGCGGUUCGAGCCGCCACCAGAGUACGUCGAGGAGUAGGGGCGGCGUGCUUGGCGGCACCGUGGAGCGGGGAUACUCUGAUCUUGAGCAUCGUCAUAUAUUCAUUGCUUGUACAUUCAUCAUUCAUUCCUUCACUUGUUUGUAUUCUGAGGCGCAUCUACCGUUACCCUAUUGCAUGUUCAAUCUCUUUGGUCCACCCUCUUUCUCAUCUUGUUCUUUUGGAGAUCACUCCUGUAACGUCGGGCUACUCAGCCUUCCUGCCCAUGCUGUGGCCUCGAUGGGACGUUCUAGCGACGUGUAUUCGAUAGAUUUAUAUCAACAGUACGCAGGACGGACCCCAUCAUCCCUGUCGACUUCGGCAGCCAUCAUGCAUACCGUUUUUCGCAGCUAGCCUGGCUGCCGUCAUUCGCAACACAGUCUUGUGUAGUAUGAGUAACAUAUUGGACCGAAUUACAUACGUUAUCG